CGUCGGACGGAAAUUUGCAGCAGUUCUUUCUAGAAUCCUGUAGCAUUUAGCAGUGAGCAGCUAGCCCACUCCUGAAAAACCUACACAAGUUAGCCCUGGCAAACCGCAGCGGGUCGCAGCAUUGAAUACAGACACAUAUUUCAGUGCAGCGUCCUUACGUUGUAUGCUUUUUGAUUAAACAUUCGGGUUAGCCUCGUUUAGCCCGCGAACUUAGCCGAGUCAUUAUCCCAGGCUAACACUGGCAGGAUGUCCAGAAUAGACUACAGCGUGUGGGACCACAUCGAGGUGUCAGACGAUGAGGAUGAUACCCACCCAAACAUCGACACACCCAGCCUCUUCAGAUGGAGACAUCAGGCACGUGUGGAACGGAUGGAAGAAUUUCAGAAGAUGACUGAAGAUUUAAGUAAGGGACUCAGUGAAAGUCGACGUAAGCUGGCUGAGACACAGAAGAAAGUGAAAGAGCUGAACAUCUCGACAACGGAUGAUGCCAAAGCAGAGCUGAGCAAAACCCAGGCUGAGGAGAAGAAACUGAAAAAGGAGGAACGAGAGUGGGAGAAGAAGUUGGACAAACACCGCCAGGAGGAGAAGAGGAUGCCAUGGAAUGUGGACACGCUCAGCAAGGAGGGGUUCAGCAAGAGCGUUGUUAAUGUCAAACCUGACAAUGUUGAAGAGACCGAAGAGGAGAAGGAGCAAAAGCAUAAAACCUUUGUGGAAAAACAUGAGAAGCAGAUCAAACAUUUUGGUAUGUUGCGACGCUGGGAUGACAGCCAGAAGUACCUGUCUGACAACCCUGAUCUAGUAUGUGAAGAGACUGCCAACUACCUGGUCAUCAUGUGCAUCGAUCUUGAAGUUGAGGAGAAACACGCGCUGAUGGAGCAAGUGGCUCAUCAGACCAUCGUCAUGCAGUUCAUUCUGGAGUUGGCAAAGAGCCUCAAAAUGGACCCCCGCGGGUGCUUUCGUCAGUUCUUUGCCAAGAUUAAGACAUCAGAUCAGCAGUACCAGGACGCCUUCAAUGACGAGCUGGAGUCCUUUAAGGAACGGGUUCGUGGCAGGGCGAAGAUCCGCAUAGAAAAGGCCAUGAAGGAGUACGAGGAAGAGGAGCGACAAAAGCGCAUUGGACCUGGAGGUCUAGAUCCUGUUGAAGUGUACGAGUCCCUGCCAAUUGAGAUGCAGAAAUGCUUUGACGAUAAGGACAUCCAAAUGUUACAGGAUGUGAUUAGCAAAAUGGAUCCAACGGAGGCAAAGGCUCACAUGAAGAGGUGCAUAGAGUCUGGACUCUGGGUCCCCAACUCCAGGACUGACGACGUGGAUGAAAAAGGGGAAGAUGGUAUCUAUGAGGAGGUCAAACAGGAGCAGGAGGAAACUAAGAAAGAAUGACCAACAUUGAUCCUGUGAUUUGAUGUGUAUUUUCCCCCUCUGUAUUGCAGCUCCUCUAUGUGUAUGACUAGUUUGCCAAUCCAUGAACAAUGAAAUAACUUCUCAAAUAUAUUUAGCUCAGACUUAAGGGAUUAGCAUUCACCUAACUGCACAACUUUGUUGCAUCUGUAACUCCUGCUUUGAAGAAAACUGCAGCGUGUGUGUAGGUCUUUUAUCUGCUUUGACAUCACGAAAGCUGUAUUCUUACACCUCGCUCAUAUGUGGGGGGUGGAGAAAGGGGGGUGUAUGUUGACACAUGCCUGUCAUAUGUGUGGUUGUAUAGUUGAAGACCAUUUAUGCAUUUUCAAGUUGUGCGUAAAGUUAUUAUUUUUGUCAUUUCCAAAUUUAAGAUUUUUGUUUUUGACUUUCAAGGCUUGAGCAACCAAUGUAUUCAGAUGGUUAUUUCCCAAGAGUGACAUUUUCUACAAACUUGCUUAACUAAAAUUUCAAUUGUAACCAACUUCUCAAGAACAAGGCGUUGUGGUUUUGUGUGAGAACUCAAAGUUCAAUCCCAAUUAGUGGAAGAGUGACCGUGUAGUUCCUAAGAAUGACUUCCUAAGAAUAUCCUAAAGAGCUAGGUAGGUGUGGUUGGAGGCUACGCUUCACUUGCAAUGCUUGUUUUUCCGUUUCUUUUUUAUGGUGAGAGUGCCAGGUUGGAAUUUAAAAGACAUGAUGAAAAAAAAAAAGAAAAUGCUGUGAAACAGCUUCUACAAAGACAAAAUUUGACAAUCUUUGAAAUCACUAAAUAAAACUGCUCAGUGGAUAUUAUUGCCAAAAGCUUUUGUGCCCUUCCUGUGAUGUCUGCCAGCCAGGUGUGUUUGCUCUGUACUGCUGGAAAUGGGCCUCUUUUUUUGGGCCUUGCAAGCUUUUGUGCAAGAUUACUGGAUAUGAUAAAGGACAGGGAGCAUAUGCGGUAACAGGACUAUCUUGCAAUGCUAACAAACUAAAUGGAGGUCUGGCUGUCCCUCAUUUAGUCUGACAAAAAGCAGAAUAUACAAACUCCCAUCAAAAUGUAACAUUAUGCUGAAAAAAGAUGUCCUGAAAUAGCAACCAUGCUAUAUUUCAGUCUUGGUUAGACUUGCUUUUUAUCUUAUAACCAGUUAAACUGCUCUGAAGGUAUAACAAUACACUGAGAUCAUAUAAAAGAAUCUAAGGCUACGCCCUGUAAUAUCCUUUUUUCUUCAUGGUAACUUAUCAAUAACUUUAAAUGCUGUAAACGGUGUUCAACUGGAAUUAUUUAUUUGAGAAGUUUAUGUAUUCUGUGCCACCCAUGUAUGGAAAUGAGAGUAAACAAAACACUCUCUUUCUUUAUAAUCAAUUUCAGUAUGGUAGUUUUUGACAGGUUCUUGUUGAAGUUUCCACAAGAGAAAUGUGAAGCGCUUAUCCAAAUUCUGCAGAAACGGGUAAAAAAGAGGAAAGGAAGAGACUAAACAUGUUGUAGAUUCGGUUUUGAUAAAUUACUGCUGAAGAACCACUUCCUUCCAGCUUAAGUGGUGCUUGUGACAUCAAUGGUGAUGAUGAAAACAUCUUACCCUUGUGGUGAUGCUGAUUAUCACAAAGGUUAAUUGUGCAACUUGUAACAUUUUCACCUCUAGAAUCAGACUAAGCCAGGACAAAAACAUCUUUUUAACAAUUUGCAUGUAGACAAGCGUUUCAUGUCAAGGUGACUUUUUAAAAUAUACAUACAGUACUGUGCAAAACUCCAUGCAGUGCAGUUGACAUUUGUGUGGUUGUAUAGUUUUACAGGCAGACCAUACUCUCACUUCUUCUCAGUACACCUGCACACGUUUUUUCAAGGUUCUUGGCAGGAAUGUUGUUCCAAGUAUUUUGGAGAACUUUUAGGCAUCCCAGUUGCUUCGGCCUCUUCACGUAAUCCCAGACUGACUCUGUGAUGUUAAGAUCAGAGGUCUGUAGGGUCAUAUCAUCUGUUGCAGGACUCCUUAUUUUUGACACUGAAAAUAGAUCUUUAUGACUCUCGCUCUAUGUUUGGGGUCAUUGUCAUGCUGCAAAAAAUGAAUUAGGGACAGAUCAGCACCUUUUUAUUUUUUAUUUUUUUAUUUUUACAUGGUAUUCCAUUAUGGGUAAUA